GCCUUAACUGCGCUUGGAGAUCGGCCGGCAUCCUCCCCGGAGGCCCGCGCUCCCCCGGGGAGCCGCUGCCCGUGUGGCUGGCCAGGCGGCCGGCCCCGGGGCCCCCAUGUGCAUCUGCUCCCGGAGGGACCAUGAAGCAGGGAUGAGCUCGGCCCAUGGAGCUCCGGCCGCCACCCUUCUGCUGCCCUGGCGGCGGGCCCCGCGGACCCAGGGGCAGGGCGAGGGCCAGUGGCCAGCGGCAGGCAGCCCCGGGCGUGUGCUGGCCACUGUGUUGGUGUGGCUGGCCACGGGCACCAGCAUGUCCAGCCUCAACAAGUGGCUAUUCACCGUGCACGGCUUCCGCUACCCGCUGCUGCUGUCCGCCCUCCACAUGCUGACCGCCGUGCUGCUGGGCUACCCGCUGGCCGGGCACCGGACACGCCUGCCGCUCCCUGCCCGGGCCAAGAGGAGGCUCUUCCUGCUGAGCCUGACCUUCUGUGCUGCUGUGGCCUGCGGGAACCUGGGUCUCACCUACGUGCACCUGGACUUCGCCCAGAUGGUCUACACCACCACCCCGCUCUUCACCCUGGCCUUGUCCAAGGCCAUCCUGGGCAGGCGCCAUCACCCGCUGCAGUAUGCUGCCAUGGGGCCCAUCUGCCUGGGCGCUGCCUGCAGCAUCCUGGGCGAGAUGCACUUCCACCGCACUGGCUGCUGCUUCCUCUUCGCUGCCACCUUCCUCCGAGGCCUCAAAUCUGUGCAGCAAAGUGAGUACCCAUUGCCCGCUGUGCUGGGCACCCUGCUGCCCCACAAGCGCCAAAGCAGUCUCCACAUCUGGGAACUGAGAGGGUUGAGCCACACGGGUGUGCCCAGGCCCCUCUAG